AUGGGCCCGCUUAGAUCACAUCACUCCUCUCAAGGUCUCUUCAGCCCCUCAGACAGUAGCUCACCAUUCUCUUCUCGGCUUUUGGACCGAUACGCCGUACCCGCCAUUCCCAGAUGGGAAGAUCUGCGCAGCGGUGCGGCAAGCUCUUUGUCAAAUCGAUCGGCGAAUCCACCUAGCUUUCAACGUUCCUACUACCCCACCAGCGCAGAUAAUAGUGCUGCGCCAGAGAUUAGUCUCACAGAGCAAUCCUUAGACCAUUUCUACAGACAGAGUAUCGAGGCCGAAGCGAUACGACGACAGCAGCAGAUGGUGUACGAGCUGGAGCGUGCCCGGAUGCGAGAGCGAGCACUGCGGAGCGAGCAUUCGCAGAUGGAGGAUGUGCGCACAGACAGCACUUCCGCGCCCGCUGGGAGGGCGUCCUCGCCGUCUCGUUCAUUGAGAAAGUCACCUCAGCACAAGGUCUACAUCAUCAACUGCAAACAUUGCGACUUGUUCCUCACUGAUCGGGGUAUGAAGGCGGUUCUACUCCUCAAGCCGCACAUCACACUCUAUUCCACUGAUGCCAUGCCGACCAACUGCAGCCCCAUCUACGCUCCGAGAACAUUCCUAGGUGGAUUUGCGAGCCUCGAGCCGCCAGUCGAAAGGACCUGCGACUGUUUGACCCAGAGCCUCGGUUGCCACGGCUGCGGUGCCACCGUGGGAUACAACAUCGUCGCCCCCUGUGCAAGGUGUACUAGCAAUGUUGCCAAGCACCAGCGUGGCUCUAAUGGGCAUCGAACCGUGCUGCAUUGCUCAGAAAUUCGCGUCCGGGAACGGCUUUACGUUCCCGGGGAGCCCGGAGUUCGUGCGGCUCCGAUUCCCCAAGAGCUCUGGCCCUUACUCGAGAUGGAAAAUGCCCUCAGCAGUGGUGUCGCCGCCGCUCCCGCCGGAAUGAACCGCUCAUCGAGCUCGAGUUCUGAUUCCACCGUCGGCGAUCCUGCGGAAGGCACGAGUAUCAAAAAAUACACCCCUCUGCCAUCCACAGACUUGCUCAGUGAGCAGAGGAGGUUGCUUUGCGCGGGAAAGGAGGCACUGCGUGCCCAGCUGCAAGCUCGCGGCAAUCAGGGUCGGAUCAUCAUGCGAGCUGAACCCGUCUAUUGGUCCGACCUGGUUGCCGGCGGUGAGCGCGCAGAGCCAUUCGACGCCGAUGUCCUCCUUGCCAUGCCCGUCGCCGGUCGGUAG